AUGACUUCAGCAAUGCGUGAACUCGCUGCGAUUUCGCACGACAUUCGUAAAAUCGGAUUCAGAAAGCUUCCUCGCAAUAUCGAGCGUGCUGCUGUAAUUUUCAUGCGCGGAAAGUCACAUUUAAAUCUCGAAGGAUCAAAAGAAAGCCUCAAAUUCGGAAAACUUGCUAAAUACAUGUACUGUGAAGUUUUUGUAAUGACAGAUGCUACAGUCGAUGACUUCAUCGAAGUUAUGCGCCACUUCGUUACAGAAACAAAGCAGGUUUUGCUUUGCUUCACAGUUGCUAACAAAGUUAACGAUAAAUCAUCUACUGGUCCAACAGAAAUUCCAUUUGUUGGUGGCAGUGUCGAUCCAGAAUUAUUAUUCGAUUUAGGUAACUCAAUCCAAGCUGGCGUUAAAUUAUUCUACUUUAUUGAUGGUAUCAAUGAUCCAAAGAACUGGGAUCCUAAGGCAAAUGGUAGCACAAAACCAGGUCUUUACUUCAUGGCACCUUAUGCAGAUACUAAAGCGACUGAUAUCAUCCAAUUUGAUUCAAACCAGGAGGGAUUCUUCUCAUUACACCUUAACAAAGUCAUUAAGGCCUUCCCAGAAGAAUCAUUCGGUGAAAUCGCUCGUGUCUUAGAAGAACAGAUCGAACCAUUCGGUCUUAAGGUCUUUGCUGCUGCAAACCCACCAUCUGCUUUGUCUGAAAAAGAAUGCUUCGUUUAA